AUGGACCGAAUAAGUGACUUGUCGUCCAAGAAAGCUGUCGUGAUCUUCACGAAAAGCACAUGUUGCAUGUGCCAUAGCAUCAAGGCCUUGUUCUACGAGUUGGGGGCUAGCCCGGCAGUCCACGAGCUCGACCACGACCCAACGGGCCGGGAAAUGGAGUGGGCCCUACGGGCCCUCGGCUGCAACCCAACCGUGCCGGCCGUUUUUGUCGGUGGGGAGUUUGUGGGGUCCGCAAGAGACGUGAUUUCGCUACAUGUCGACGGGACUUUGAAGAAGAGGCUGAUUAAGGCAAAAGCUAUAUGGUUCUAG